CAGUUAUCGGCGACAUCGCCUGAGCAAAGCCAGAGACGAGGGCGCGGGUGUAAUUUUUGCGGCGGCUGAGACGGGAAAGUGUCGACUUGCAGCUUUGCACCGUUUAAAGUGUCAGGACAGACAUUUAGCUAUGGCUAUGGCAUUGGCAGCACAAGUCCGUGAAUGGAUAGAAUUCCCUCCUGCCACACAAUCAAAAUUGCUUGAACUGAUAGGAAAGCUUGACCAAGAGGUCCCACAUGUUGACCUAAUGCUCAUUAUACAUGAGUCUGUAGAGUUAGCUAAAACUUAAAUGUGCAAUGUUGUGGCUAUCAGCCAUGCAUGACAUCAUCUUUUUUCUUGGUACAUGUGUUUCAAUUUAAAGUGUGUAAUUUUUAAAGUAUCAAGAUAUAUUGAUACAGAAUGUCAGCAAGUUGACAAUACUAGUGAUGGGGAAAGGUGGUGCUGGGAAAUCAUCAACUGUAAACUCAAUUAUAGGGGAAAAAGUAGUGGCUGUGAGUACUUUUCAGGUAUUAGUGGCUUCACUUUGUCCUGGUUAAGCCAGCAUUUAUGUGGUGAAAUAUUUUGUAUGACUUGUAUUGUGCUGUUCUACUAGUCAGAAGGUCCAAGACCUGUGAUGGUGUAACGCACAAGGUCAGGAUUUACAUUGAAUGUCAUCGACACACCUGGGUUGGUAGAAGGAGGUUAUAUCAAUAAGCAUGCACUUGAGAUUAUAAAAUGGUAUGCAGCAGCUAGAGAGGUAGAAGCUUCAAGCACUUGCAGAUUUUUAUUUUUAUUUCUUUCUGGCACUUGUUCGAGAAGUUAGCUUCAAUCCACUUUCAAUUCUCAUUUUUCUUUGGGGGCUGGAUUUUAAGUGCAUGAGCAGUUUCCUUUUAAAGAAGACCAUAGAUGUUCUACUGUAUGUCGACCGUCUGGAUGCAUAUCAGGUCGAUAAUUUGGAUAGGCUGGUUGUCAAAGCUAUUACGGAUAGCUUCGGUAAGGAAAUAUGGAAGAGAGCUUUAGUUGUCCUCAGCCAUUCUCAGCUUUCCCCUCCAGAUGGAUUGAACUAUUAUAUUUUCUUCUCCAAAAGAUCAGAGGCUGUUUUAGAAGUUAUUACUCAGGGUGCCCAGCUGAAGAAAGGUGAUCUGCAGGUGUGUGGCUUGUCUUUCUUACUUUUGAUUGCUAAGUAUAUGAUUUUUAUAGUUGGUAAGGAUGCUAGCUGUAAACUAGGUUAGUUUCCAAUUCUUCCUCAAAAUAUGUGAUGCCAGGCAGAUGUUGCCAUUCCCAUUGAUAAAUUACUCGAUGCUCU